AUGAAGAAACGUGUCCAGGUAAACAGAGACACAGCACAAUGUGAUCAGAGUGAUCCUGAUGAUGAGACAGAUUCCUGUGAGAACCGGUGUAACCAGUGUCAGGAACCCAGACUCAGGAACCCAGGCUUCGCCCUGGAGGCCAACAGCCUGUCUGAGGGCUCUGCAGAGGCUCCUGCACCCCCCACACUGUCCCCGGUGCUCAUUGUGGAGGAACCGUCAGGAUUCACCACCGUGGAGCUGUGCCAACAUGGAGGGGAGGUCUGCCUGAGCACCAGCGAGGGAUUCAUGGAGGAGCUGAGCGGGGAUCCAAACUGUGAAGACAUGCAGAGAAAAGACCAGAGAUUACCAUUCCAGAUCUUCCCUGGCCACGACCACGCAAAGGAGCGCCUGCCCUCCAUCGUGGUGGAGCCCACGGAGCUCAGCGAGGUGGAGAGCGGCGAGCUGCGAUGGCCUCCGGAAAACCCCGAAAUGGAGGAAGACGAGGAGGAUUUAUUCCUGGAACAAUGCAUCCCCCCCGCAAACAUCGCAGACUGGGGAGACGAAGAGGAGGAAGAGGAGACGUCGGUUAACCUGAACCAGCAGCAAGGCUUGACACUCAUCGACCUCCAGUCAGAUGCUUUUAGAGACGACACCCCCACUCUUCCCCCGAGCAGCGCUCCGGCCCUCAACUGACUUCACCUCGGAGGACCUGCGGUGAGGAAACAUCCUGAAGUUGAGUCUUGUAACAACUGUGACGAAACACAGCGACACAGAUUCUAACAGCGACAGAAAACGUGAACUAAAAAGCCAAUGAGGAAAACACCAGUAUUUCAAAAGAUGUCAGGAUGUCUACACUCAGACAUACAGAAGUCAGCAAGGUGUCCUUUUUAACUUUUAGGGAACCUUUUGCUAACUCUGCGUUUCAUUUCCCGUGUUAUUUCCUACAUGUUUAAAGGGCUAAGUGAGGCAUUAGGGCUAAAGGAGCACAUCCUGCUAUGGCAAGGCAUGUUAUUUAGUUUGUGUUCUGUUUUAUUUUACAAUUACGUCAUCUCUUUAGCCUGGACUUUAUCAAACAUCUUUCCCACCGGUGGCUUCUCAAGGGUUUUAGCUUCACUUGGUUGUGGAUCCAUUUUGCUUUUUGCUGUGGAGCAAUUAAAGAUGAGACUAGUGGUAUUUCCUCUAAAUAUCUCAAGGAAGCCAUUACUUCUAGUGGGAUGUAUCAUCAUGCAUUAUGAUGACUGACUCAUUCCCACAGUGUUACAACAAUCACUGGAGUUUUUUGUGGAAAUGCAGUUAUUAAGCCAUGUUGAAGCAAAAGAAGAAGAAGCAGGCAGCUCUUAAUGUUCAUUACAGCAGUUGUAGACGUCAUUGAGAAUAGUAGUUUUGUAAUAAUAGUCUCAUUUGUUUGUAGGCUGAUUUGUGAAUAACUUGUAUAUAUG